UGCGGCGUUACCAGAUUUGGAUGAGACUUCCGAUGUGCAGACUUCCCCACUGGCUUCUUCAUUGCCUUCGACCAAAGUUUGCAAAUAGUGGUCUUAUGAAUUCUAAGUCCUAGAUAAGUUUUAUCAUCAUGUCUUCAGAGAUUAGCCCGCCAGAUGUAAAGGACGCCAUUAGGGCCGAUGCACACACACAGCGCCAGUUCGAGGACUGCACCCCAUGCAGAUUAAUUGGUUCUGGUGCAUUUGCAGGUCUCGGGGUGUAUACAUGGAUAUCCGGACAUGCUCAACUGCGACAGCAGAAGGCGGAAAUACUGAAGAAGGGCGGCGCAAUGUCAUUUCAGUUGAGGAGAGCUGGUAUUAGUGGAACAGCCGUUGGACUUAUAGGACUGGGACUAUACAGGCUCUUGGGAGACUAGAAGGAAUGGAGAUGCCCUUUCCAGCACUGAUUGCCAACGAUACCCUCCCCUCUUAUAUCCUCGAAGAGUCGGUGCCGGUUUGAACGGGCGUUAAGCAGGUCGAUCGCGUCGACGCGAGAAAAUUUUGAGAGUCAGGGUUGGUUUUCGUGUUCUUUCUCAAAAUACGUGAGGGUUGGGCUUGAUUUUUAAUGCCGCAUCAUGAAUUGAACUUUUCGAGGACUUGGUUUUCAAACUAUCUUCGCAAAGAUCAGAAAACCUGUCGAGGAUCCAGACAGAGGAGGACAAAAAAGUGAACGAAUCCGGCCUUUAUCCAGACAUUUUUCGGCGGAUUGACCCCCUCCCCAUAGUCUUGAAACAAACGAUACCAACAAUCCGUUAGUUAUUGACGGUCUCGAUUUUGUAGCAUAUGCGCGGCAUGGCAAACGAACAUGUACAUGAUGGGCUAGGAGUCACUGGCGAUGUCAAACCAGAUGCGAAAUUGAAAGAUUGGUGUAUAUGUGGGUUUGCAUACUAUGCACAUGUACAAAGCCCAGUACCACGUCUACACGUCAAAAACAAACUCCUUUCCCC